AAAGCUUUAAAACAUAUUUUCUCAGUGUUCUUGCCAACGUAGGAAAACAUAUAGUUCAAAUAAUCAAUAUAGUGUUCUGUGCUCUGCUUUCACCUGUCUUUUAGAAAGUAGUUCGAUUCGUUUGGCGGCAACGGCAAUGUAGUUUAGAAAUGUGAAGUGAUAUUUUACCUUUGGUUUUAUUAUGUGCUUUUAUUUAGGAAAAAAGUUCUUAAAAUGAGUACUUAUUGGUGAAAUGAAAGAUAUAACGGACUAUUUCAAAAAUUCCACAGAAAAUGUAAAUAUAAUAAAGAGCCCUAUUCCAAAUACUGGAUGUUCAAAAGAGACAUGUAAAAACGGAAGUAAAGUAUCGCCAGCUACACCGAAGUCGAAGAGAGUUAGAAACAAAAGUACUCCUAAACGGAAAGACAACACAAACACUAAAAUGGAAACCGAAAAUUCUCCAGAGUUAGAAGAGGCUAAAUCACAAACAAAUACUAAAAUGGAAACCGAAAAUUCUCCAGAGUUAGAAGAUAAUGAAAAUUCGUUCGAAAUACAGGCUACUUUGGAAAAACCUGGUUGUGAUAAUACAAAAUUGAAUGCCUUUCAGUUUUUAAUGAUGAGCAGAAAUAAAGUUAUAGGAUCUAAUUCCCCUGGUAAGGAAUUGCCUGAACAAGAAGUGUCAAAUUCUAUAUCCCCCCCAAAAUUAUUGGCAAGAAAGAGAUUGUUACAAAAUUGGUCUGAUUCUAUUAAGUCCAAAAAAAGAAAAUUAAAUGAUGAUGAUAUCGAUAAAGUGAUAAAAGUUAAAUUGGAUACUCGAAAAAAAAGAUUGAAAUCCUUAUUGAAUAUAGAUGAUGUAGCAAAAGGGGCAGAAAAUGCUGAAGCUAAAAUAAUAAAACCAUCCCCAAAAACUACAGAAGUAAAGAUUUUGAAUGGAAAUCCUGGAAAUUCAAGUAAAUUGCAAUUAAAAAGCAAUCCAGAUGAAACUGUAAGAAAAGAUAAGGUUAACCCAAAAAUAGUUGGAAACACGUUAAAUAAAAGUCUUAGUAGUGGAGAUGACUUUGAAACAAAAGUUGAAAACAAUAUAGAAAUUAGUACUCCAAAGGCAUCUAGAAAUGAUAGAAUCAAAAAAAAUUCUAAAGGGACUCCUAAAACAUCAACUCCAAAAUCUACCUGGCGAAUGAAAAUAAAAUUGGUUGAUCAUGAUGGUAAUAAAAAAAAAGAUUUAGAAGAUGAAAUUAUUUGUUUAGAUGACAGUGAAAAUUCUAUCAGAGAUUCAUCUGAAAAUGGAAAAAAAUGUCAAAAUGAACCUAAUAAUAUUGAAUCUAUAGAUACCCUGAAAAAAAAUGAAGAAAUUGAAGAAAACAACACUUGUAGCAGAAUUCUGCGGAAUAGGACUUCUUUGAACAAAAAUAAAAACAUAGAUUAUGUAUACUCAUCAGAUGAAAGUGAUGAUGAAAAAAAAAAAAGAAGUAAUAAGUCUGUUAAAGUGGCCCCAGUUUUUGCAAAAGCAGUGCCAAAACCAAAAAUGGAUCCUGAAGUUCUUGAAGCUAGAAGAAAAUUUUUAAUGAGUGAUAUGCCAGACUCUUUGAGGAAAAAAAUUGAGAAACACCCAAGUAAUGAAGUAAUUGAUAUUGAAUUCAAUGUUUUCCCUAAAAUGAGCCAUGUGUACCAAGAAGAGAAAAAUCAUCCUUUAUUCAAUCUCCCUGAUGCUAACUUGAAGUUAAUAACUAAUACUCCUUUCUCUUAUGAACCAAGUAAACUCCUAUGUCAGUCUUUGAUAGACAAUACUGCGGUAAAAUCAUCAAGAUAUAAAGAAUCUGAUCCUAUUAAAUAUACGAAAAUAAUCAUGAGGGAUAUUAAGUCAAAAUAUGCUAGUUAUCCUGUGUUUAAAGCAUUCAGAUUACUGAAAGAAAAAAAUGGUUUAAUAACAGAACAAGUCACCAAAACAACUCCAAGGAAAGGACGAAAAUCAAGAAAAUCGCUGGAGAAAAAAGGGGACAUGUGUACAAACAUAGACUUACAAGAAAAUAUAAAGCAUCUAAUGUGGACUGAAAAAUACAAACCAAGAAGCUCUGAAGAUUUUUUUGGAAAUAUUGAAGCUGUGUCUACCAUGAAAAAAUGGCUUGAGAAGUGGAAAGAUGUUUUUGAAAGUGGCAGAAGAAAAAGAAAACAUUGUUCAAGUGAUAGUGAUUCAGAAUUCAUGUCAUCUGACGCUGAAAGUGUUUAUGAUCGUUCUCUAUCAACAACAAUUAUUCUAGCUGGACCCUGUGGAUCAGGAAAAUCCAGUUCUGUUUAUGCUGUUUGUAAUGAAUUGGGUCUUAACGUUCUAGAGUUGAAUGCUUCCAGCAGAAGAACAGGUAAGCAAGUUAUUCAAGAACUUCAGGAGGCCACCCAGUCCCAUCAAGUACGAAAAAAUAAAGGUGCACUUGAUUCAUUCACAAAAAAGGGGAUCGAAUCGAAACUUAUGCCAGAUGAAGGAAAAAAUAAAUCGAAAAAAAUGUGCGUACUUUUGAUUGAAGAUAUAGAUAUAGUUUUUGAUCAAGAUGAAGGAUUUAUAAAUUCCAUCACUCAAAUAUCUGCUACUAGCAAGAGGCCCAUAAUCCUUACAACGACUAAUGAAGAUUCAGUAUAUGCUCAAAAGUUUAUGAACGAUUUCAAAACAAUUGGAUUUCAUUCAUUUUCAGUUAACAAUCUAGGGAUUUGGCUUCAAAUUUUAUGCAUUCUUGAAGGUAUUUUUGUUGACCUAUCUUCUAUUGGUGAAUUGUUAGAAUAUAACAGAGGUGACCUUCGUAAGACAAUCCUGGAACUUCAAUAUUGGGUACAGAGUGGUGGACAAGUGAACAAACAAAAAACCUUUUUGAGUCCAAUAUUUGAACUUGAAAGUUUGAAUAAUGAAAGCUGCUUAUCUCAUAUUUCCGAUGAGACUCGAUUCAUUUCACUGAAGGAGUUUGAUGAAAAAUUUGAGAAUUACCGUGUGCAUUCAAACAUUCUUUCAGAUUUCGAGAUCUUUCAGGUUGAGAGAUUCUAUAAUAUUUCAUCAAAUAUGGAUCUAAAAAAUCUCUGGUGGAAUAUACCAAAGUUUUUGUACCCUGUUAAACCUAAGCCUCAAACAAAAUCUCCUAAGAAAUCAAACAAGAAUAUCAAAAGGAGGCUGAAGUUAGUUUCAAAUAUGUAUGAUAGUGCAGCAAGAUUUGAUGUGUUAUAUAGAAAAAUUGAAUUAAAAUGUGAUGAUCCGGUAUGUAAGAAAAGAUGGCAUAGUCAACUACAGGAUAGUCUAGAGGUGGAGGAAAAAUCUCGCGGAGUUUCAACCAAUCAGGAUAUCCUCGAACUGAACCACUACUUGACUGAUGGUUAUUUAAAUUUAUGUAAAAAGAAAUUUCUUUAUGAAUUCUCUGAAAACCAAAGACUAUGCAAUAUGGCUGUUCCGGGACUAGAUAAAGCAAGAAUAGUAGAAAAUAACCACAAAUAUGAAGAAGAACUCCUCAAUCCUGUACCAAUUUUUAACUUUUUGGAUAAUAAAUCUGUUGUACUCGACUAUCUUCCAUGCCUGAGGACUAUUGCAAGGACAGAAAAUAUUCGUGCCAAAAACAAUGUGAAGAGACACAAUAGAUUCCAUAAUUAUUUACAAAACUUGAACAUAAAAUGUGAUAACCCAAUAUUAGACUUUGCAAUUCAGACUUUUACAACUGACACCAACCUUCAAUGAUGAUCUUCUUGUUCUCUUAUGCUAGAAAUAUGUACAUAAUAUAUUUUAAUAUGGAACUUGUAAAUAAAUUCAAUUUUCCUAUUAAAUUAUUUAAAUUCUAA